AUGAUAGAAGACAAUGAGCGCUGGACGCUGGAUCUACUUCGUAAAUUGAUUGAGCGGGAUGAAUACGAGAAACGAGAUACGAGACUUUUCCAUGCGUUCCAAGAGCUCAAUGAUCGACUACACCAAAAGGAAGUAGUAAUAGGCCAACAUGGAGAAGAGCUGCCAAUCAACCAAUCACAGACUCGGGAGAUUAACAAGUUAGCCGCUCUUCUUGAUAAGAAGGAAAUGAUGCUACAAAGUCAGAAGAAACGGAUUUCGGACUUUGAAAGCCGAGAGAAGCAAAUGUCCAACAAGAUCCACGCAUUAAAGUAUGAGCUUCAAGAGAAGAACAAGGCCAUACAGAUAGCCAACGACGAGAUUCUAAUGGGUCAAAUACAACUCAAUCUUCUUACUGAGAAGGCGGAGAAAUUGACUCGGGAGAACGAAAAUCUUGUGACUCGGUGGAUGGAACGAGUCAAAUUAGAGGCAGACCAAAUGAACGAAGUCAAUGAAUUUCUCAAACAGAAGAGCACAUAG